GCUUGUGGGUUCUGAUCGAUGCUACUAAAAGCCGUGGUGAAACCAGACUUACUAGUAGUCGGAGAGCCGAGAAGUGCAUAUCGACCAGUUCAUCUGCAGAGAAGUCUAUUCUUGUCUAAAUGAGCAUACUUAUAUCAUCAUCGUGAUAGAACGUGUUUUCUGAAAAAGAAGCUGAAAAGUUGACAAGUUUACGAGAAGUCCCGAGCAGCAUCAGCUAAAAUUUUUAAUACCGCUGGUAUUAAACGCCUACGUCGAUAGCAUUUCGAUCGGAGUCUUGCCGAAAGGGAGAAGAAACGAGUGGAAGAGAAAUCGAGAUAGGAAAGAAGUGUUAGAGUGAUCACAACAGUAACCUCGACCCAAAGCCUAGAAUCUCGGAGUAGAAAAGCGGCUGGUGAGAUCAGAGUGAGGCGCCGUUGUUACUAUGUAAAUUUUCAGUAGCGAGUAUAUCCGUUUGCGCGCGCGCACUGUCGCCAACGAGCAACGACUUACAUUAGCAGCAACGACAACAACAUUAUCGUUAACAGCAGCGAGAGAAACAUAAGGGAAAGAAAAUCGCGCGAAACGCCGCGAGCUAAAGGCCUGAUCUUUUCUCUGACAGCUUCCGAGGAAGCCCGCAAACUGGCUCCGGAAGUGAGGAUCAAGCAAAUUGGAAUGAGGGAGGACUUGCUAUCUAUAAUACGGCACACAAGCAGCGAUCACUUCUCGGAAGAGCUUUAGCCGGGAGCUUAACUAGGAAGUAGACACGCAAAAAGAGGAGUCAGGCAGGCCGGAGAAAUAAUUCGCGAGUAGAGUAUUCGCGCGAUAGAGUAGAGGCUGUUCUUGCUUGUUGGGCUUUUUUUUAAAGCGACUGGCUUCGCAUCGGGCUUUCUUUUGUUCCGAGAACUCCUCGAUAUUAUUUUUUAAUCGCUCAUAUCUUCGUCAUUGUCAAAAGAGAAGAGAAAGAGAAAGGGAGAAACCGAAUAUUCGGAAGACCGGUUGAUUUCCGUAAUUCUCCGGGUUUCUCUGUUAUGCCCUGGGUCGCCGCAUGUUUUGAUCUGCUGGCGGCUCCGUUACUGGGUUACUGUCUCGCGAUCAGAAAACUGGCCCUACAAGCCGGUCUUCUGCAGGAGAAAAAAAACGAGCUCGCCGUGAGGCAGACGUCUAACACGGAGGCACUUUCGAACGCUGACACUACAACCAUUAUGGCUCCUAACGCGGAAGAGCAGCGUCAAGAUUCCGGCAAAGAGAAAGUCGCAGCAAGAAUCUCAGGAAUAGCGAAGCCAUCGCGCAAAUUUGUGGGAAUCGUCAUAGCCACUUGCGGUUUACCGGCUCGUGGAAAAAGUCAAAUCGGACAGAGCCUUGCUCGCAGACUCAUUUGGAAUGGCAUAACCACAAAAGUGUUCCGCGUGAGUGAUUAUCGAAGAAAACGAUUCGAGUCUCAUAUAUCACACGAAUUUUUCCGAUCCGAUAAUGCAGCAAAUAACACUUUAAGGGCUCUCGCUCAGAGAGAUGCUAUGCAGGAUUGCGCGGCAUGGCUUGCAUCCGGAAAUACUGUAGCGUUGUUGGAUGCUAUGCUGAUUACACGAGCACAACGUACAGAGGUCUAUGACUACUUCUCCGGUCAGCUCGGUUAUCGUGUUCUCUUCAUCGAAUGCGUCUGCGAUGAUUCUAAAGUCCUAGAAUACAACCAACAGGAGAUCGUAAAACAUAGUGCCGAUUAUACUGGGGUAGAUGCUUCUUUAGCUAUGGAAGAUUUGCAAUCAAAAAUUGCUUUUUACACUGAACUGUAUGAACCUAUGGACGACAAAGCUUAUCCCAGAAUCAGAAUCAACACCGCUACCAUGGAUCUCGAGACUUGCAAAGUAUCCGGUCAUAUUGAAACUAGAGUGCUUGGAUAUCUUGGAGACAUCAGCCUCAAACCCCACACUCUUUAUUUCUCAAGACAUGGCGAAAGUGAGUAUAACGUAGUCGGUAAGGUCGGUGGCGAUGCAGUAUUAAGCGCCCGAGGUGAACGUUAUGCUCAGGCUUUAUCAAAUAAGUUCAACGCUAUGCGUAUUCCUGAUCUUCGGGUUCUCACUAGCCGUCUUCGUAGAACGAUUGCAACGGCGCGGGGUAUUGAAGCCCCUCAGGAACACAUAGCCGCUUUGAAUGAACUUCAUGCGGGAGUAUGCGAGGGCCUCUCUUACGAAGAGAUGCAGGAGCAUUAUCCGCAGGAGUUUGCUUGGCGUGAUCAGGACAAACUACGUUAUCGCUAUCCGUGGGGUGAGAGUUACAUCGAUGCGAUGCAACGUGUCGAGCCGGUGAUCGCCGAGUUACAACGUUCCAACAACGUUCUUGUGGUGUCACACCAGGCAGUAUUGCGCUGCAUCAUCGGAUUUUUCCUUGAUAAGAAACCCGAAGAGCUACCCUACAUGGAAGUACCGCUGCACACAAUAAUCCGUAUCACCAGCCAGGGUUACAAUUACAAGCUCGAGUUCUUCAAGCUGCCGAUCGAGUGCGUAAACACGACUCGUGUUAAGCCGACAAACUGCAGCGGUGACCGUACUGCUGCCGAUGCUCUUAUCACGGUUCCAGCACACUUCGACAUACCGGAUCCUUGGAGAAAUCCCGGCAAAGGGCCUACUCUCGUGCAACAGCAUUAAGAGAAUCAAUACGUCUACUUCAAAAGUGGCAUAAAUCGAGUUUUAUAAUAGUUUGUUCGCUAAAGAAAAUAGUAAUUUGAUACGAUGAGCGAGUGAUGAUUUUUUACUCUAUCAGAAAUCAAUUGAUGAAAGAAAAAAUAAAAUGAAUAAAAUAAUAUUAUUAUCAACUGAUAUAAAUCUUAAAUGCAACACAUUUUUCAAAUAAAGAUUGAUAAGAUGAUUCUUAAAUUCGAUUUAUGUUACAAUAGAAACAAGGGAUUUCUCGCUUGCAUAUAUUGGCUAUAUAGCUCGCGGCGCUAUCAAAAAUUGCAUAGCCCUAUUUGUUUGUAAUUUUGAACAUGAGUGAUUUAUUAUUAUUAGAAAAGGAAAUUAAAUCAUUAUCAUUAUGAUGGUUCUUAUAGUGGCAAAUAUACGAAUCGUUCUUACAGUAUGUUACGUAGUAUGUCGCCACGAUACGUUUAUUUAAUUUAUUUACAAUCAAUAUACAGACGCGAUAGAAUGCAAAAAAUAUUUGCUCUGAUUUCACAAGAGUUUUUUUGAUAUAAUAGAGAAAUGCACAGCUUUUGAAGCAUAAAUGUCUUUAACACUUGAUUGACAAUGAAGUUUUGUAGACAUCUUGGAUCGAUUUGAUAGGUUUGCGACAUCCAAAUAAUACCAAUAAUAUACGUCUUUUUAAUAAGUAGCAAUUGAAAGCCCAUGACCGAGCCCUCUACAUAUCGCGGGACUCACAGUUUUGUCAAUAGUUAUAGCAAUUGUUAUAGGUUCAUAGUAACCUCGUGGUGACUCAUGUCAUAAACAGAUAUAUUAUCCGCCAUGCUAAGCAUACGCACAGAUUUGUGUAUAGAAUGGGCAGGAAUUUAAAAUUGAAAAUUGUUUGUGAUAGAAAAAUAGUAACGUAUAGAUACUGCCCAUUAUAGUUAAUACAUAUAAAUCACUGUAUUUUCCUAGUAUCUCAGCAUUUUUUAAAUUUCUUUUUCUCACGAAAUAUGUUAUGAAACUUUUAUUCCAUACUGUGAUUGUUUCUAUCAAAUUUAUGAUCUCUUUUAUUAUAUAUUUUAUCGUUUGAGUGCCAUCGAAUUUACGAUUGUGUCGAAAUAAAAAUAAAAGGAAGAAAGAAAUAUCAGAUAUUUUUAGAUGAGUUAGUAAAUGUAACGAUUGAUUUUUGAUUUUGAAACAGUUAUACUUUAGUUAUCUGGCCUUUUAUAUGGAACACUAGAACAUUUUAAGACCUUAUAUUUUUAUAAAAGAUAGAUAUAGAUAUAAUUAUAGCUACUUUUUUGUAGCAUCUAAUUUGUUUUAUAUUUUGACCAGCAAUGCAAUAUGUUUACAAUAAUUCAUAAUUUAUAGUAAUUUAUAGAUAUCUUAUUAAUUAUAUUAUUUUAUAUAUAGAUAAAUAGAAAAAUUUUGCAACGAAAUGGAUAAUCGAAAAAGAAUUCUAACAUUGAAAUAGUUCGUAACUUUUGUCAGAAACAAAAACUUUACUAGCUUAUUAUAGACUAAAGCUAUAAUAAAUUACAAUUGACUACAAACAAUGAGAAAGAGAGCUUAUUAUUUUGAUAAACUUUUUAGCGAUCUAAGUACAGCAAUUAUCAUAUACAAUGAUUGCAUAACGCAUAACUAAUAGAUUGUUUUAUGACUACAUCUUUUUAUUAAAA